AAUUCAACCUGUUUAACCACUUAGUACGGAGUUGCGCAGCUACGCAUUGGCUUUACUUUGAAAACCAGGACCCGGAAGAGUAUGUGUGCUUCCUGUUUCGGUGCAGACGUCAGAGCAGCAGUCAGUGGAUGGAGGAUCGAUACGGCUGCUGAUCACUGGAAGACAUGGAGGAGGAGCAGCGGCGGCAGGUGGAGGAGCAGGUGGAGGCGCUGCUGAGCGGUCAGGGGUCAGAGGUCACAGGGUGUGACGUGGGCCUGGACCAGAGUAAACCAGCAACUCUGAAGAAGAACGUCACCUACAUCGUCUGCGGCGUCAUCUUCAACGAUAAGGAGGAGGUGCUGAUGGUGCAGGAGGCGAAGCAGGAAUGUUAUAAGCAGUGGUACCUGCCUGCAGGGAGGGUGGAGGUUGGGGAGAGCCUGGAGGAGGCGCUAAGGAGGGAGGUGAAGGAGGAGGCGGGGUUCGACUGUGAGCCAAUCACCUUGCUGCUGGUCCAGGAACAGGGACCGCAGUGGAUUCGAUUUAUCUUUCUGGCCAAAGUCACAGGUGGGACUUUAAAGACUCCGUCAGCAGCAGAUCACGAGUCUCUUCAGGCCUCCUGGUGGGACAGACAGUCUGCGCUGCCUCUGCGGGGACGAGACAUCCUCCGCCUCAUCGACUGCGGCCUCAAGUACCGUCAGGAUCCCUGGCAUCCUGUUACGUUACCUGUGGACCUGAGUUGCCGUCACGUGGUGCAGAGACUCGUCCUGGUCUUCACCAACGCUGAGCAGCAGAUCUGGAUCCUGCUCGUCAAAGCUCCGGUGCUCCACCUCCCCACAGCAGCAGCGGUGAAGACACAUGCGGUGACCUGGGCAGCCAACCUGGUGGUACAGGAAGCCAUGCCGUCAGUAUACUAUGACCAGGACGUCAACACGCUGGGAAUCUUCAGUCUGCAGCACAACGGCCGGCAACACGGGAAGACGGAUGGCGUGUGUCUCAAUACGCUGGUGGCACUGGUGCCUGACUACGUCCAACGCAACGAGGACGGGGAGAAGGUGGAGUGGACGGGGACGGGACGGCCUCCGCCUGUAGAAAACCCACAGUACGUCUGGCACGAAGUCCAGAAACAAACACUGAGAGAGAAACUGCUGGAAAAGACCAAGAACACCUCCAUCUUACCCAUCCACAGCCUGUACUGACCAAAUGAUAUCACUGAUCAUAUCACUAUCAUUCAACAAGAGGACUCUUAAUGUGAAAGGAACUCACUGAGUGAAAGGAGCUUUUAUUCUGAAAAUGUCUAAUGUUAUUGUAUUAAGAGUUUAAAUGUGAACGGAGCAAUAAAAUAGUAACAUUUAUGUUUGAUUUUAUAAGAAAUAUUCUGCUUUAAAAUGAAUUAAAUGAAGAUGUUAAUUUA